AUGUGGAAGUGCCACUUCGGCCAACACAUCGAGGGUACCAAGUGCGUCUGCGGCUUUAUCCUUACGGAUUCUAGCGAUAUCAACGUCCAGCAGGCCGUCUGCACCCACCGCAUUUGGGCGACGGACAUGGGCGCCAAGAACCACAAGAAGGAGACCAAGCUCCUGGACGACCACUUCCCCCCGCCAUUCUUCUCGUUGGAGAUUUCUCCUGGUACAACGACCCCGCCGAGUGGGAGGAGUACUCCGAGGACCUCUACCGUCGGCGCUUUGGCGAUGUCGGCGCCGUCAACCAGAACAAGCAAACACUUCAAGAUGACUCCCGCCGUCAAGACCGCCUACAAUCUUGCCCUCGCCGACCUGGAUGCCAUCGUCCCACCCGCACCCGAAUCGGCCCCAUGCGAUGGUAGGUUCAGACCCAUCAUCGCCCUGGAGCGCAUCAACGUUCCCGUCGAGUACGGCUACUGCAUGUGCUGCGUCUUCGAUGCCACAGACGCCACAACAUACACGUCCCGCAUGAGUCCGUUUACCUCCUCGGACGACCUCCACGAACACUUCAUGAAAGACCAUCUCUUUCCCAUGUGGUUCGCCGACAAGGAGGAGCCACCCACGGUCGCCAACCACGUCUGCCCCGACCCCUCGUGCAGCAUGCACACAGUCAAGCUCACCCUUUGGCAAUGGGUCAACCAUGCCGUCCUCCACCACCAAGCUUUCACCAGCCCGGACCCCAUUCACAUGAUUAUCGCCGACGCCGACGAGCUUGACACCAAACCGGCCAUUAUGGCCAAGAAGCGUAUGGCCAAGGGUACGCGUGCGGUGUUUGGCAUCCACUCGUACCUCCUCGGUGCAGGCGAUGACGAUGACAACGACCAGGUCGCCAGCGCCCCCGGCCCAAAGCAGGGAAACCGUUCGCGGGCCGCCAAGAGGCCCAAAAAGCCCCAGUCGGCAUCCUCGAAGGCCGGCAAGGCCAAGAAGAAGGGCAAGGCCAAGCAGAAGUACGACACCGACUCGGAGGGGGAUGACGAGCCGAUGGACUUUGAGUCCGAGGAGGAUGACGAGCCGAUGGGCUUUUGA